CCCAGAAAAAAACGUUUUUCGAAAACGUUGUGUGACAUUCAGUCAUGCUUUCGGUGCUUGUUUCCUCCGGACAAUUACAGUAUUUCUUAACACCAAAGGUGUAGUUACCUCUCGUCUGACUCCUCCCUUGGUAGGAGGAAACGGCGUCCCCAGAAAACCUAUUGAACGUGGGUUCAACAUUUUCUGAGAGGCAGCAAAUCCAAUCCAUUGAUCCAUUAUCACAACCAUUAUAGGUGCAACCUUCUGAGGACAAUCCCCUCUCUUUCGACUUUCGAGCCAAGUACCAAACUAGUAUUCUCCAUCAUGGCCCCGUUCAAUCUGUCUCCUAACAUGGAAGUGGUGGUUUCGGUGAUAGCCUACUCGAUCUGUUCAGGAAGUUUGGUUCUACUAAACAAACUGAUACUGCACCGUUUACCCUACCCAAGCCUUGUGAUUACCUUUCAGCUGUGCGCUGCGUUGGUCUUUAUCUUUAGCGCCAAAGCCGGAGGUCUUUUGCAAGUGGAUCCCUUGAAAUGGGAGCAUGUGGUACCAUAUCUCUACUACAUUGUGGCCUUUGCGAUGGGAGUUUACUGUAAUAUGAGAUCUUUGAGUGUAUCCAACGUUGAAACAGUGAUUGUCUUUCGAGCUCUGGCACCCUGUUUGGUGGCAUUUUUGGAUGCCAUUUUUCUGGGGAGAGAAUACCCCUCCAAACGAAGCUGGGGUGGGAUCGGAUUGAUCGUAUGUGGAGCCUAUGGAUAUGCCAGCUUUGACAAGGAAUUCCAAACGCAAGGCGUCGCUGCAUAUUUUUGGCCAGUUUGCUAUAUGUGCAUCAUCUCGUUCGAAAUGGCAUACGGAAAGAAAAUUAUUCGAAGUGUGGAUUUGAAAACUUUGAGUGGACCCGUCAUGUACACCAAUCUACUUGGAAUUACGCCCAUGCUUUUAUUUGCGGGUAUGGGUGGGGAAUUCUCCAAAUUCCACAACGACGUGGUUGCCAACAAUGAAUACACUCUCCCUAGUGGCACUGUACCCCUCAUGCUCGUGGGUUGUGCAGUUGGAACUGGGAUUGGAUACAGCAGUUGGUGGUGCCGUGACAAAGUUUCUGCCACCAGUUUUACCAUUGUUGGGGUAAUGAACAAAUGCUUGACAAUCUUGAUGAACUAUAUGGUCUGGGACAAUCAUGCCAAACCGGCGGGAAUUGCGUGUCUCUUUCUCUGUUUGGUGGGCGGAUCUGUUUACCAACAAGCACCCAUGCGGGCCAGUACACGACACUACAAAAUCGCUGCCGUGGACAGUGAUGAUAUUUGGGGAGAUGAUAUGUCCGUACUCGUCCGUGACGAAGAAAAGGACGAGCAGCAAGAUCUUCUGAAUAAUCGGCAAAAGAAAGGUGGGAACCUCAACAAACCAAAACGAACGACUGACAAUCGAACUCCAUGAAUCGAAUCAGUCGAGGGCAACGUGCGCGGGGAAAGCUCAAGAGCCCAUCUGCUCAGCCUUGAUCGGAAGAGAGAACGGCAACAGGUCACUGCUGCUAGGGAUAUCCAUCCUAACCAACAACAUCUGGAACGCUGGCGAAUCGGCUUCCUUCUUCCACAUAAGCCUAUCUCUCUGUAAAAGAAUCC